UCACCAGAAGAUGGCAGUACAACGGUGUGUUGAAGAACCCUGUGUGAACCUCUGCAUGUUAUCCCAUGUGUGGUGGGUUCUUGUGCUUGGCGAAGGCAGCUGCGGAGGAUGAGAGGUGACGGGCGUCUCGUGUGACAUGGCGAGCUUCCCCGGCGUGCGCGCCACCUCCACGCCGCGCCCCCAUAACGGCGCCCUCGUCGCUGGCGACCACGGGGAUGCGUGGUCGCGUGACGACCUCCUGGGCGACGGCGGCGGCACCGUGGGCUCCGCAUGGCUCGAUCGCAGCACCGACCUCGGCCUGCCCAGCUUUGGGCAGCGCUUGCACGAGCGGGCGACACCGGUGGGCCCCUACGCGAGCCCCCUCCCUGUGACGGCGCGCUCGCUACCCAUGGGGCGGGUCCCCGGCUCCCCCGAGCGCGACCCAGGCCGGCCCCGUUUUGCCCGUGCGGUCUCGGAGUCGGACAGCGAAGAGGAGGAUGAGGAGGAGGAGGAAGAGGAGGAGGAGGAAGAGGACUACCUGAGUCCCCUCAAGCGGCAUGCAAGGAGCGGCGCCGAGCGAUACUCGCGGCCCCGCGCCGAUGCUGGAGAUGAGACAGUGACGGAUGGCGUGGAGUGGCGGGAGAGCGCCGGUGUGGCCACUCUGGCGAGCGUGGGGGGAGAGGAGCGAGUGGCAGGAGCGAGGGCGGCACCCGAGAGGCCAGAGCCCGACGCAGACAGAAAGGGAGGGCCCACUCGGGCCCCCGUGUGCCGGCAUGCGCUGGGCCACGAGGUUUUGGCGCGCUGGUCCGACGGACUCUUCUACCUGGGCACCAUCAAGAAGGUGGACAGGAAGAAGGGGAGCUGCUACAUUACGUUUGAGGAUCGCUCCGAGUUCUGGGUCCUGUGGAAGGACAUCCAAGCACUGGGGAGCCCCCCUAGCGGAGAGAUGGUCUGCACCAUAUGCCAGGAGGGGUCGUCGGACUCUCCCAACGAGAUCGUCAUCUGCGACAAGUGUGGGCAGGGAUACCACCAGCGGUGCCACAUCCCCAACAUCGACUCAGAGCUCAUCGCGUGCGAGGCCUCCUGGCAGUGCCGCCAGUGCAUCUUUGUCACCACUACCAAGCGUGGCGGGGCGCUGAAGAAAGGCCCCCAGGCACGUGCGCUGCAGACGGUGAAGCUGACACGGCCGUACAGCCUAGAGGAGUUGGAGUGGGAUGCUCAGCACCGCACCAACAUGCAGCAGGUUUACUGCUACUGCGGGGGGCCUGGAGAGUGGUACCUGAAGAUGCUGCAGUGCUGCAGUUGUCGGCAGUGGUUCCACGAAGCGUGCACGCAGUGCCUGGAGCGACCCAUGCACUUCGGAGACCGGUUCUACCUGUUCGUGUGCUCCGUGUGCAACGCAGGACCAGAGUACAUCAAGCGGCUCCCCCUGCGCUGGGUGGACAUCACGCAGCUGUGCAUGUACAACCUUACAGUGGUGCACAAGAAGAAGUACUUUGACUUUGAGAAAGAGGUGAUGCCGUUCGUGCAUGACAACUGGGACAGCCUGCAGCUCGGCGAGCAGAUGGCCGACACGACUCGGCAGAAGCGCUACCAGUGUGUGAUGCACGCGCUCAUCAGCAACAAGAGCAAGUUCGUGUGCGGGCGCGAGAUCAAGAAGAAGCAGCACCUGUACGGCCUGCGCAUGCGCGUGCCACCCACUCCACCCUCCAUCUCCCUUCCAGCCGCCCUGGGGUUCGCCGAGGGAGACGGCCCCCUCAGCCUCGCCAACAUCUCCUACCCGUCCCCUCCUCGCCCCACGCGACGGCGCCGCCUGUCCGGCCAUCCUCGCCGACCCGCGGCCAGAGCAGGGUCAUCCUCGCUCACCGGACCAGCUGCCCUUGCAGCCUUCCCCAGGACCGCCUUCGGCCUCGACUCCGUCAACCGGGCUCCGUCCCGCCUCAAGCGGGGGCUCGGGGGGACCGCACCCCUGCGCCGCUCCCCGCGCGUCCCGGGAGGCGGUUACCGUGGUGACGAGGGCCCCGGGGUCCCGGGCGGCGGGCUGGCGGGGGACGGGGACGCGGUGGGCCCGGGCCUGGGCGGGUUGCAGGCCUGCCUGUCCCGCCUGGCCCCCUCCCCCGGGCCCGCGUGCCUGGCGGGGGGCGGGGCCGAGGGCCGCGCGGCGUGCGGGGAGGCGUUCCGUGUGCUCGGCCGAAGGGUGGGCCCUGACGGGCGCGUGCAGUACCUGGUAGAAUGGGCGGGCACCACACCCGGCUAGUGGGGGGAAGGGGGUGAGAGCGGAACCGGCCCUCGUUGUAGCCCCGGGCCCUGCUGGGCGAGAGGGCCCGGCUCGUUCGUGGCGAGCCGCGCCGGUUUUAAUUUAAUCCUGAGCGGAAAUGAGAUCAGAGGAACCGGCGGGUAAAGUCCAAACGAGCUUUAAUGCUGAGGCGCUAGUGUUUGAUUACCAAUGAUAAGAGGUGCGCGGACGGGAGUCUCACGUUGCCGGACGGUGUCUGUUGGUCUGCGGCUGGGGGAGCGCUACCCCCUCACAGCCCGUUGCGUGCCCCCUAUGCGAUGCGUGCUACCGCUAGACAUGUGAUGAUCCACCCUCAGCGCCCCCCCCCCCCCCUCUUCCUCGCCUGCUAUUCAAUUUAUUGGCGCGAUCAGAGAUCUGUCUCUUUCACUUCGAUAGGCCCGCCUGCAGCGAGUUUGUCAUUUGCAGAGAUUCGCGGUUCGAAUCCUGCAGGCCGUUGUGAUUAAUGCUGGCGUGUGUGUGUAUUAAUCGUAAAAAAUACGCACCGCCAUCUGCUUUGCAGUGGACGUUAAAAGAUUCCUCGCGUCAUUUGAAGAAGAGUUGGCCACUGCGGGCCAUAUUUGAAAAAUCGCACGGCACAUCACUUCAAUGGGAAACGGUGAAGCCACUGGCAAUACUGCCAAAAAAUAAAUGUCAGAGGCUUUCCUGGGUAAACAGACAUCAUAAUCGUAAUUAAUAACACAAAACUUAAUGCAUGUUGCUGCUAUUGUACUUUCCGUGCUUUCUGCGCACAACUCUUAUACGAAUCUGUUCUCGCACGUCGCGUGAUGCUGCGUACAUCGCGAGCUUGAUAAUCGGAAUUUGACCACAGCUGCAUCGUUACACACCUGCCGACCGAGGCAUGCGUGUACGGCGUCGUAAGGCCGUAGCCUCGCACACAGAGUCGCGCACGGGGGGGGGGGGGGGGGGGAGCAUGUACAGAGCGGACAGUCUAUCCGCGCGUUGUGCAGCGUGGCUCAGCGGAAUGAAUGUACCCUUCGGAUUAUAAAAUAUACUGAGAUACAGUUUAUAUACACGAGAGUUCUAUAUGUACGCCCCGCAAAGCCGAAGGCGCUCUUUUUUUUGUUAUUAGAUCCUGCAUUUAUUUGAGUUUGAAUUAACUAGGGGGGGGGUGUUCCUCGCCGUGCCUUGUCGUUGGUUGCUACGUACGGUGUGAAAAGUUUCACGUAACGUACGCCGUGGCCUCGUUUCACCGCGCACACUUUAACCAAAAGCGUUUGACCCGGUGACCCCCACGACCCUGUUCUUGUAUCUGGCCUCGUCUAAUCCGUGCCCCGUCCAGGCCACGGUUACCAGGAUGACAGCGAGGAGCUUGGCCAGGUCUCCGUUAUUGCUGCUAUUGAACUUUCUGCGCACAACCACCCCCCGACCCCCUCCUCAACCGCGUGCCCGCUCCCGUCACUGCCGCGCUGCCACAGACAAAGAAGAAAGUAAAACGCCUUUUGGCGUCAUCUGGUCCAACCCAUGUGAGACUAGGCUCUAAGGAAAGCUGUCUCGGGUGUGGACCAAUCAACUCCAAGGACAGUGCACAUUAUCAGUUAUGUCUUUUGUUUGUAUUAUGACUGCAGGUAUUGUGGUCUAUACAAACAUGACUCGUUGUAAAAAGGUGUCAAUUUUGUUGCCAGAUAGAAGGGUAAAAAACAAAUCAUAUUUUUACUGGCAAAUGAGGUUCCCAUAGUGCAACUCAAACAUUUAAACAGCUUUAAUAGGUCCGCGUUUAGGCUGCGCAUCUCACAAUGUUAAACACGAGCACUGCCCCGCGCAUUUGCCCGGGGCGUAAUUUCACCCUCGCCUUUGCUGCACGCGCACGUUAUGGUAGGCGUUCGGCUUCAGGUGCGAUGGUGUUGUCGCCGCAUCAUCCUUCAGCCCUCGAGGGCGACAUCACCGAGGCAAAACGCCAUCGGCGUGGGUUACGGGACUAUGGUGUCGUGCCCAAACAUAGGGUUUAAAUUGAAGUCAAUGGGAAAGGCACGUUUUUGGCUGCCAUUAGUUUGUAUUUGAUGUUAUUUUU